AAGCAUGGCGGAAGGCGGACGUGAGGCUGUCUAAGGAGACUGAAGACAUGAGUGAUCCAGACCUAUGCCGAAUUAAACAAAUCGACACAGAGGAAUAUAAAGACUUAUUGGACCUGAAAGUUGAAACUGAUGAACUGGAUGAAGUUGAGGAGAAACACUACUAUCAGACACCUCAUCAUUUCAUACUGAGAGAAACAUUGAGAAACUUGCAGAUGGAAAAUACUUUCUCUCUAAAAAGAAAGCAAAGUACAGAAGGGGGCAAAUCCUCAUCUCACUGUGAGAACAGUUUUACACUUAAAAGACAUUCUGAGGAACAUGUGAAAAUUCGAACUGGAGAGCGCCCAUACAAAUGUCUUCAAUGCGGAAAGUGUUUCACACAGAAACCAAAUCUUGAUAUGCACAUGAGAAUUCACACUGGAGAACGUCCAUACACAUGUGAUCAGUGUGGAAAGAGUUUCAAACAGAAAUCACAGCUUAAGGUUCACAUGAGAGUUCACUCUGGAGAGCGUCCAUAUUCAUGUCUUAAGUGUGACCGGAGUUUCACACACAAAUCACAUCUUGAUGUGCACAUGAAGCUUCACAAUGGAGGGCAUCCAUACUCAUGUCCUCAAUGUGGAAAGGGUUUCACACAGAAACCAAAUCUUGAUAUACACAUGAAAGUUCACAAAGGAGAGCAUCCAUACUCAUGUCUUGAGUGUGAAAAGAGUUACAAACGCAAAAAAGGUCUUGAGAAUCACAUGUUAAUUCACAGUGAAGAGCAUUCAUACACAUGUCCUCAUUGUGAAAAGACUUUUAAACAGAAAUCGACACUUGACAGCCACAUGAGCGUUCACACUGAAGAGCGUCCAUACUCAUGUCUUCAAUGUGGAAAGAGGUUCGUACUGAAAUCAAGUCUUGACAGCCACAUGAGAAUUCACACUGGAGAGCGUCCAUACUCAUGUCUUCAAUGUGGAAGAGGUUUCACACAGAAACCAAAUCUUGAUAAGCACAUGAGAAUUCACACUGGAGAGCGUCCAUACACAUGUCUUAAAUGUGGAAGAGGUUUCACACAGAAAUCAACUCUUUAUGUGCACAUGCGAAUUCACACUAAAGACCGUUUGUUCGCAUGUCUUCAGUGUGACAUGAGUUUCACAAAGAAAUCAGAGCUUAAGGUGCACGAGAGAAUUCACACCAGAGAGCGUCCAUGCCAUACCUGUCUUCACUGUAAAAAAAGUUUUAAACACAAAUCAACAUUGGAAAGUCAUAUGAGAAUUCACACUGGGGAGCAUCCAUACGCCUGUGAUCAGUGUGGAAAGAGUUUCAAACAGAAAUCAAGUCUUCACACCCACAUGAGAAUUCACACUGGAGAGUGUCCACACACAUGUCUUCAGUGUGGAAAGAGUUUUAGACAGAAAUCGGUGCUUCAGACACACAUGAGAAUUCACACUGGAGAGCGUCCAUACACAUGUCUUGAGUGUGGAAAGAGUUUCACACAGCAUUCAAUACUGAAGGACCACAUGAUAAUUCACACUGUAGAGCGUCCAUACUCAUGUUCUCAGUGUGGAAAGAGUUUCAAACGCAAAGCAGGGCUUGAGAUUCACAUGAGAGUUCACACUGGAGAGCGUCCAUACGCAUGUCUUCAGUGUGAAAAGAGUUUCAAACGCAACAAAGAUCUUGACCGUCACAUGAGGAUUCACUCUGGAGAGCGUCUACAUAUUUGUCCACAGUGUGGAAAGAGUUUUACACAGAAAGAAAAUCUUGAAGUUCAUAUGAAAAUUCACUAUGGAGAAAUGCUGUAAAAAAUGUUGUCCAAAAAGUCUAGUGACUUACAGUGGUCUUGCAAGUCAAAUACUGUACACUUAAAUAACAGUAAAAUGUUGUAUAUGAAUUUGCUGUGUAUAAUUUAGCUUGCUGUAAAUGUAUUUAAAGAACAUUUCAUAUUAUAAAAUUUACAGUUGUUUUGGUCUAUCCUACACUCAUGUACUCUUAAACACUAAAUCUAUACCAUAAAAUUGUAAGAUUUACUGUAAUUGGUUGUCCACCUUCUCCAUUUGUUUACUGUAAAACAGUACGUACACGUUGCAUAAUUACUGCCUUUGAUAAACAAACAGUUGGAAAGGCCAAAAACUGACAUUGCAAUAGCUUUUUGUUAUGCAAUAUACUUUGUGAAAUUUAGAAGAUUUCUUCAAUAAAACAAUUGUAAAAGU